GUUGUUUAAUUUAACCUCUUUGCUUUGUUCCCAUAAGGUUUUCCAGUUUGGAAAGACCUAGGGGACACGGUGGACCUUCAUGUCGCUCAUGAGGAGACCACACCACCAUCCUCCACUCAGGCAGCCGACACACAUCAGGUGAGAUUCUGUCUGCUUAUCUCAUCUUCAGAGAGAUUUUAUAAAGACUCUAGAGGAAUUAUCUAAUCGCUAAAUUAAAACAUCACAUUUCAAUACCAGCCCGAGUUAUUAACAGUAACUAACACAUAACCUAACUGAUGAUGAUGUGAUUUCUAGGGCGAUGCUCUCAGCUUUGUGAUGUCUGAAUUGACACCAGCUGAUCGAGCCGCCGCUCCCCCAUCUCCUGCGUUAUCAACAGCAGAGGAAGCCUGUCCAGAGGAGAAGGCCAUGGUCAAGGUUGAAGACACUGAGGAGGAGGCGUCAGAGUCUUCUCCUGAUCAUGUGCUUUCUCCAGUGUCUGGUUCAGGCUCUGACACCAGCUCUCUUACUGAAGGGUAACAUAAGACUUACACAGCAUACAAACUCUUUGUAAUAGAUGUUUGUACUCAUGUGUCUAACCUGACUUAUUGUUUUGAUAUAUUUGUCGGAUCAGGAGUUCCUCUGUUGUGGACGACGAGCCUCCACUCAGCAUCCAACCAGUGCUGUCGCUGCCUUGGGUCGGUGAGGUGGUCCCCAUAGAGGACAUGAAGCCACCAGCUCCCACGAAAGGUUUUCCAGUUUGGAAAGACCUAGGGGACACGGUGGACCUUCAUGUCGCUCAUGAGGAGACCACACCACCAUCCUCCACUCAGGCAGCCGACACACAUCAGGGCGAUGCUCUCAGCUUUGUGAUGUCUGCAUUGACACCAGCUGAUCGAGCCGCCGCUCCCCCAUCUCCUGCGUUAUCAACAGCAGAGGAAGCCUGUCCAGAGGAGAAGGCCAUGGUCGAGGUUGAAGACACUGAGGAGGAGGCGUCUUCAUCUGAUCAUGUGCUUUCUCCAGUGUCUGGUUCAGGCUCUGUCACCAGCUCUCUUACUGAAGGGAGUUCCUCUGUUGUUGCCGACUGGAGUGAGGUUGAGCCCCUUAGCAUGGCACCAGUGCUGUCUCUGCCUUGGGUCGGUGAGGUGGUCCCCAGAGACGACAUGAAGCCACCAGCUCCCACGAAAGGUUUUCCAGUUUGGAAAGACCUAGGGGACACGGUGGACUUCCAUGUCGCUCAUGAGGAGACCACACCACCAUCGACACAGGCAGCCGACACACAUCAGGGCGAUGCUCUCAGCUUUGUGAUGUCUGAAUUGACACCAGCUGAUCGAGCCGCCGCUCCCCCAUCUCCUGCGUUAUCAACAGCAGAGGAAGCCUGUCCAGAGGAGAAGGCCAUGGUCAAGGUUGAAGACACUGAGGAGGAGGCGUCAGAGUCUUCUCCUGAUCAUGUGCUUUCUCCAGUGUCUGGUUCAGGCUCUGUCACCAGCUCUCUUACUGAAGGGAGUUCCUCUGUUGUUGAUGACUGGAGUGAGGUUGAGCCCCUCAGCAUGGAACCAGUGCUGUCUCUGCCGUGGAUCGGUGAGGUGGUCUCCAGAGAUGAAAUGAAGCCACCGGCCCCCGUGAAAGAAGGUUUUCCAGAGUGGAAAGACCUCUGGUACACGGUGGACUUCAGUGCAUCUCGUAAGGAGACCACCACACCACCAUCCACAAGUGCAGGCGGCACACAUCAGGAGAACAUCAAGGACCACGAGACUAAAGAUCUCAAGGCGAGGGCGGAGAUUUUAGUCUUUGAUGUGGUCCGUUUCUCCGGAUGUGGUUAUGUUUCUGCAGAAUUCCGAUUUAAGGUAGGGCGAGCAUUGGUGGACUUUGCCCUGACCUCUGAGGAGGCAUGUAGUCUCGUGAGGAAGACUUUGGACCGGGAGAUGCUCCGUCUUCGUAAAGAAGAGAGUUCGCCCCAGAAAUUGAUUCACCUUUACAGGUUCAUAAAGAGGUAUCCCAUGAUUUUUGUAGGCAUGAAGUGCCAACUUUCUUCAUGGGUCCUCGAGGAUCUUUAUGAUUCAGACCUCUCUUCAGAGGAUGAAUCUGAUGAGGUUGUACCUGCUGCUGCCCCUGCUCCUGCUGACCCUCCAGCAGUGAUCCUUCCCUCUCCUCCUCCUGCACCUGCACCUGCUCCUGCUGACCCUCCAGCAGUGAUCCUUCCCUCGCCACCUCCUGCACCUGCUCCUGCUGACCCUCCAGCAGUGAUCCUUCCCUCUCCUCCUUCUGCACCUGCUCCUGCUGACCCUCCAGCAGUGAUCCUUCCCUCUCCUCCUCCUGCACCUGCUCCUGCUGACCCUCCAGCAGUGAUCCUUCCCUCUCCUCCUCCUGCACCUGCUCCUGCUGACCCUCCAGCAGUGAUCCUUCCCUCUCCUCCUCCUGCACCUGCUCCUGCUGACCCUCCAGCAGUGAUCCUUCCCUCGCCACCUCCUGCUCCUGCUGACCCUCCAGCAGUGUUCCUUCCCUCUCCUCCUCCUGCACCUGCACCUGCUCCUGCUGACCCUCCAGCAGUGAUCCUUCCCUCGCCACCUCCUGCUCCUGCUGACCCUCCAGCAGGGGUUCCAGCCUCCCCUAGUGUGUCUCAACCUUCACCUCCAGAUGGAUCGACUGCUCCGGUUGAGACGCCUCAGCCCCAGAUGCCUCCAUCCUCUCAGCAAACUAGUGCAGACAAGGUGGAGGAUAAGAAGGUGGAGACUAGUUUACCAUCUCCACCUUCACCUCCGGAUGGGUCAACCGCUCCGGUUGCACCUCCUCAGCCCCAAACGCCUCCAUCCUCUCAGCAAAAUAAAGCUGAAGAGGUGGAGGACAUGGAGGUGGAGGCUAGUUUACCAUCUCCACCUUCACCUCCAGAUGGCUCAACCGCUCCGGUUGCGUCUCCGCAGACGCCUCCUCAGCCCCAAACGCCUCCUCAGCCCCAAACGCCUCCAUCCUCUCAGCAAACUAGUGCAGACAAGGUGGAGGACAUGGAGGUGGAGACUAGUUUACCAUCUCCACCUUCACCUCCAGAUGGGUCAACCCUUCAGGUUGCGUCUCCACAAACGCCUCCUCAGCCCCAAACGCCUCCAUCCUCUCAGCAAACUAGUGCAGAUGAGGUAGAGGAUAUGGAGGUGGAGACUAGUUUACCAUCUCCACCUCCACCUCCAGAUGGGUCAACCGCUCCGGUUGCCCCUCCUCAGCCCCAGACACCUCCUCAGCCCCAGCCAUCUUCAUCCUCUCAGCAAAGUAAUGAGAUGGAGCUGACGUCAAUAAUGGCCAGACUCUGUCUCACGGAAACUGAUAUUAAAGCUCAACAUUCAUCUCCUCACGGGCUGUUGACUGAUGUCACGCCACCUCAGGCCCAACUUUCACCUCCUCACAGACAAGCGCCUCCUCAGGCCUCUCCUGCUCAGCGUCGUGCUGUCAAGCGUCCGGCGUCUUUACAGGUAGAUUAA